GCGGGCGGGCGGGGCGGGGGGCCGUCAUGGCGGCCUGCGCGGGGAGCCGGACCCUCAGCAAGGACGACGUCAACUACAAGCUGCACUUCCGCAUGAUCAACGAGCAGCAGGUGGAGGACAUCACCCUGGAUUUCUUCUACCGCCCGCACACCAUCACCCUGCUCAGCUUCACCAUCGUCAGCCUCAUGUACUUCGCCUGCACCCGGGAUGAUUCUGUCCAAGAAGAUAAUAUUUGGAAGGGCAUCCUGUCUGUAAUUUUCUUCUUUUUAAUCAUCAGCGUUUUAGCUUUUCCCAAUGGUCCGUUUACCCGGCCUCAUCCGGCUUUAUGGCGAAUGGUUUUUGGCCUCAGUGUGCUAUAUUUCCUGUUUCUGGUGUUCCUGCUCUUCCUAAACUUUGAGCAGGUGAAAGCAGUGAUGUAUUGGCUGGAUCCAAAUCUUCGCUAUGCCACAAGAGAAGCCGACAUCAUGGAUUAUGCUGUGAACUGCCAUGUCAUCACCUGGGAGAGGAUCCUCAGCCAUUUUGACAUAUUUGCAUUUGGGCAUUUCUGGGGGUGGGCCAUGAAGGCCUUAUUGAUCCGAAGUUAUGGACUGUGUUGGACAAUCAGUAUCACCUGGGAGCUAACCGAGCUUUUCUUCAUGCACCUUCUACCAAAUUUUGCGGAAUGCUGGUGGGAUCAAGUCAUUCUGGACAUCCUCUUGUGUAAUGGAGGUGGUAUCUGGCUAGGCAUGGUAGUCUGCCGAUUUUUAGAAAUGAGGACUUAUCACUGGGCAAGCUUCAAGGACAUUCACACCACUACAGGGAAAAUCAAAAGAGCCGUGCUACAGUUCACUCCUGCUAGCUGGACCUACGUUCGCUGGUUUGACCCCAAGUCGUCAUUUCAGAGAGUGGCUGGCAUAUACCUUUUCAUGAUCAUCUGGCAGCUGACGGAGUUGAACACUUUCUUCUUGAAGCACAUCUUUGUAUUCCAAGCAAGUCACCCUUUAAGUUGGUGUAGGAUUCUCUUUAUUGGUGGCAUCACCGCACCCACUGUGAGGCAAUAUUACGCUUACCUCACCGAUACACAAUGCAAACGAGUAGGAACACAGUGUUGGGUAUUUGGGGUCAUUGGUUUCCUGGAAGCUAUUGUUUGCAUAAAGUUUGGGCAAGAUCUGUUUUCCAAAACACAAAUACUCUAUGUUGUGCUCUGGCUUCUUUGUGUGGCUUUUACCACUUUCCUGUGUUUGUAUGGCAUGGUUUGGUAUGCAGAGCACUGUGGUCACCGAGAAAAGACCUAUUCCGAAUGUGAAGACAGCACUUACAGUCCAGAUGUCUCCUGGCUUCAUUCGAAAUUUACGAAAGGUACUGAAGACAGCCCACCCAAGCACUCAGGGAACAGUGAGAGCCACUCUUCCAGAAGACGGAAUCGCCAUUCCAAAGCGAAAGUAACCAACGGAGUUGGCAAGAAGUAGAGGACCCCAGUUGAUUCAAGCUGGUCCUGAGAGUGCCCAGAACCGAGGGAAUCCCAACCAGUCCCCAGCUAGGAGGUUACUCUGCGGAAAGAAAACAGGAGGAGGGAAAGGAAAACUUUUUUGCUUUUCGUUAACGGAGGGCUAGUCUCUGUGUCCAGAUGGGACUGUCCGUCUCUUCCAGAUCAUCGCCUGUUGUCACUUGCCACCCACUGGGUUUAAUCGAAAUUUUCCCUGCCCGUGGCACUUCGCCACCAGUAGAGGUGCCGGGUUUUCAGAGGGAAAAGUAUGCUGUUUUGUGCACUUCUGCCAAGAGCAUCCGUGUGUUCAGAUGUUGUGGUUGCGUUUUAGGUGUCUUCAGUAAGGCCCUACGGUGUCUUUGGUCUGGACACCUGAAAUCUUCUGUAUUCACUGUUGCAAUAUGGGAAGUCUAUCUGGUUUUUGGUUUUUGUUUUGUUUUUUCCUUGAAAGGAGGAAAAAUAUCCUUUUUCAGUCUUGGCUGUUUGUGUGUGUGUGUGUGUGUGUGUCUAGUUGGUUCUUUCUCUCUCUCCCUCUCCCUCUCUCUCCCUCUCUCCCUUCCUUCCUUCCUUCCUCUCCUUCCAGUCCUUCCUCUCCUUCCCACCCCCAAAGAACAAAAUGUCAGAAAUCUGUGUGCCCGCAAAUAAAAGGUCAGGUAUCUUGCAGAGGAUGUUGGGACUUCAGAUUUUAUAGUUGUUCCACCGAAAUUGUCCAUUUACCCUGAAAUUUCCACAGUGCAUAUGAAACGAGCCUGUUACAGAGGCAGUGAGUGCUGUGGCUUCUGUCUACAUCCGGAUGCCUUUACAUUUAUUUUACCUUGUUUUUCUUCCGAGGUGUAGUGGUUGACUCUAGGUAUGUCUUUUAGUGUCACACGUGAGGUGCUGGUAAGUCUAUUAUUCUUUCAGCUGUGCCACGCUUUGUAGAACACUUGUCACCUUAUACCACCUUCACCUCUGCUGGAUCUCAGUUUUAAAUAAAAUGAUUUGUGUUCAAGCCCGUCAAA